GGAUUAUGUGCUCAGUGCCCAAAGGCUUAGAGCUAUGAAUUGAAUGUUUGCUAGGCAAUGAGUUAUUUGAAAAACACUUAAAUUUAAAAAGCAUUCAGAGCCAUCAAAGUAUGAGGAAAUUAUUAAUAUAGUAGACUUUUCCCUAGAGAAAGCUUCUUCAGCAAGAAAAAAGAAAACAAGAAAGAAGAAAAAAGCGUGUCUCUUCAUCCAAACUUAACAGCUGCUUCAAAGGAAAAAGCACUAACGGACUCGUCCUUGAAGAGCACAGCCUGGAAAGUCGGUAGCUGUCGGAACGCCCCUCCCCUAGGACCAAAUUUAGACUCCGCGAGUGGCAGACGGUCCCGAGUGCCACCGCUCGUGAGCCGGUCUCCGAAGCGGGGAAGAGAGGCCCCGGCCGCCCCUCGCUUUCGCUCCUACAGUCUUCCAAACAAACCAGGCGAGAUGGGAGUGCCUUCUUGGCUGUGGAAAUCGAUCCUCCUACCUUGUCCUGAAGUCACCCGCCGUCUUUCCUCGGCCCUCCCUUCGCGCAUUUCAAAGUGAAGAAACAGCACAACCCUGGGUCUUGGAUUAUUUCUAGUAGAGAGGACUCAGUAGUUCAGCAAACAUCCUCUUAAGUCUUCAAGUCUGGCCCCUCAUUACCAUAUUUUUCACCUUCAAAAACAGAGGGCCUUUGAGAAAUAGAUUCCUAAAAGUGCAGGUGGGCCAGCCAUGAGAGGGUACCUUCUGGCCAUAUUCCUGAGUGCUGUCUUCCUCUAUUAUGUGUUACACUGUAUAUUAUGGGGAACAAAUGUUUAUUGGGUAGCACCUGUGGAAAUGAAGCGGAGAAAUAAGAUCCAGCCUUGUUUAUCAAAGCCAGCCUUUGCCCCUCUCCUGAGGUUUCAUCAGUUUCACCCUUUUCUGUGUACAGCUGAUUUUAAAAAGAUUGCUUCCAUUUAUGGUAGCGAUAAGUUUGAUUUGCCCUAUGGGAUAAGAACAUCAGUGGAAUAUUUUCGACUUGCUCUUUCAAAACUUCAGAGUUGUGAUCUCUUUGAUGAGUUUGACAAUGAACCAUGUAAAAAAUGUGUGGUGGUUGGUAAUGGAGGAGUUUUGAAGAAUAAGACAUUAGGAGAAAAAAUUGACUCCUAUGAUAUAAUAAUAAGCUAUUUCAUGAAAAGGAAAUUCUUCAUACAUCAUUAUAUAAUGAAUAAUGGUCCUGUUUUAGGACAUGAAGAGGAAGUUGGGAGAAGGACAACCUUCCGACUUUUUUAUCCAGAAUCUGUUUUUUCAGAUCCCAAUCACAAUGAUCCUAAUACUACAGCGAUACUCACUGUUUUUAAGCCACUUGACUUAAAGUGGCUGGUGGAAUUGUUGACUCGUGGCAAAAUAAACACUAAUGGAUUUUGGAAGAAACCAGCCUUAAACUUGAUCUAUAAACCUCAUCAAAUCAGAAUAUUAGAUCCUUUCAUUAUCAAGACAGCAGCUUAUGAUCUGCUUCAUUUUCCAAAAGUGUUUCCCAAAAAUCAGAAACCCAAACACCCAACAACAGGAAUUAUUGCCAUCACAUUGGCAUUUCAUAUAUGCCAUGAAGUUCACUUAGCUGGUUUUAAAUACAACUUUUCUGACCUCAAGAGUCCUUUGCAUUACUAUGGGAAUUCCACCAUGUCUUUGAUGAAUGAGAAUGCAUAUCACAACGUGACUGCAGAACAGCGCUUUUUGAAGGACAUUAUAGAAAAAAACUUUGUAAUCAACUUGACACAAGAUUGACCCUACAGACUCAGAUUAUGCUAACAGUAUUAGUUUUAUUUUUAUAUUGCAAUUUUUAGUUUAUUUUUAAAUGUUUGAUGAACUUGUCAUAUAAUUAUGUAUAUUGUCUAUUGCUGUCUGGUGAUUCAUAACCACCAGCUUAAUUUCUGUGAAUAUAUUUAUGAAAACCAAGAAAUGUUUAGUUAUCAGGGCAAUAAAUUUUGAUUGCAUUGUGUUUUUAAAAUAAGCUAGGUUUUUGAGGUGUUUUAAAACAUCUUCGUAGUUAUUUCAUCCUAGACUUUUCAGAGGAUGUGAUUUUCUAAGCAAGGAGUUAAUUCACAAUUUUGAUUAUGAUGUGACAUUUGGAGAGGUAUAUUUGAUUAAUGUAAAAGUACCAGGUGGGAAGGUGGCAUAUGAUUAUGCCUUGAUAUAGUAAACUGUAACCACUUGGCUGGAGAAGUCAUACUGCUCUCAUUUUCCCCCCUCUGCAGUUAAUCAAAUCAUGAAUGUGAUGAGUAGUAAUUUGGUAGAAGGAAGAAUUUUUUUUUUUAAGUUAAAGGAUAUAGAGAAAACAUACAAUUCUGGAUGAGGAAAUAACAACUUAAUUAUCAAAGU